AUUUUUAAAAAAAUUGGGAGAAAUCAAAUAUAGAAGAGAGAAGAAGAAACUGUAAAACCCUAAACCUCUGGACGGAGUCUUUUGGACAAAUAACGAAUGGCGCUUAUGGUUAAACUUCCAAUCAAUGCUGCUUUGGCUACUCAGCAACAUAAGAUUAUGCCCAUUCCAUGGUCUUGUGGAAGAUCAAUAGGAAGAAAUGUCAGUAUUAAUGUUUCCAAAAGGCGAAAUUUUAUGGUUGCGACUGCAAGUACUCCAGCACAGUCUGUUGAAUUUGCGAAUACGAAUACAUCGCAAAAUGUUGGUCUCCCUAUAAUGGUAAAUGGUUGUACUGGAAAAAUGGGGAGGGCUGUUCUUGAAGCCGCUAUUUCUGCUGGACUUCACCCUGUUCCUUUAGCAUUAGGUGGUCCAGAAGAUAAUGGUAAAAUUGUGGAUGUUGGUGGAAAGGAGAUUGAAAUUCAUGGCAUGUCUCAAAGAGAAGACAUUCUAUCCUCUGUUUUAAAUGAAUAUCCAAACUUGAUUGUGGUAGACUACACUGUCCCAGCUGCUGUGAAUGAAAAUGCUGCACUUUAUUGCAAAGUUGGAGUACCAUUUGUACUGGGAACCACUGGAGGAGACAGGGAGCUGCUGUAUAAGACUGUUGCAGACUCAAAUGUUUAUGCUGUGAUCUCACCACAAAUGGGUAAACAGGUGGUAGCAUUUCUUGCAGCCAUGGAAAUUAUGGCAGAACAGUUUCCCGGAGCUUUCUCUGGGUAUCAUUUACAAGUGAUGGAGUCCCAUCAAGCUAGCAAAUUGGAUGUUUCUGGAACUGCUAAGGCUAUCAUCUCAUGCUUUCAGAAACUUGGAGUCUCUUUUGAACUAGAUCAGGUUCAACUAAUACGAGACCCCAAGUUACAAAUUGAGAUGGUGGGUGUCCCAGAAGAGCAUAUAUAUGGCCAUGCUUUCCAUAUGUAUCAUUUGACGUCGCCUGAUGGAACUGUUUCCUUUGAGUUUCAGCACAAUGUUUGCGGGCGAUCAAUUUAUGCUGAGGGUACUGUUGAUGCUUUACUUUUCCUUGCCAAGAAGGUUCAAUCGAGAGCAAACAAGCGGAUAUAUGAUAUGAUUGAUGUUUUGCGGGAGGGUAACAUGAGAUGAGGACUUUUCUCAACCUGAUGUAUCUUUAUUUGUAGUUCUUGGGACCUUAGCCAUGAUGCUUUAGAAUCUUGUAACAUGACAUGAGAUCAAAAUUUGAGACUAGAGGUCGAUGUCAAUUUUUGAACAUAGAGGUUGGAUUUCUCAAGAUUUGGUUUCUCCAUACUGAUGGAAGUUAGAUUAUGAGAGGGGGACGGAUUUAUUCAUUUAAAUUGUACUUUCAACAAUCUUAAACACGAUAAUUCUGAAGUAA